AUGGAGUCUCCUUUUACCCCGGAGGAGCUUGAGUCGGCAGUUUCAUCUCUGCCAGCUGGUGAAAAUCCAGGCCCCGAUGGGUACACGGCCAAAUUCUACAAGGUACUACGUGUGGAACUGUCGACUCCCCUCCUCUCAGCGUUCAAUGGAGUUUCCCAAAUGACACCUCUCCCUCCCUCUUUUCUGAAAGCUUUUAUAACAGUAAUUCCUAAAUACGGGAAGGACCCCCUUCUCUGCCCUAGCUAUAGGCCAAUCUCUUUAAUCAACGUAGAUGCCAAGCUGUUUGCCAAGCUCCUGGCCAAUAGACUUGCGGACCACCUGGGUUCUCUCAUCCAUCCUGAUCAGUUGAUCUACAGUAUAAACUUGAGAGAAGUUUCCGUGAGGGUGCACAGUCAAUCGGCAAGAACAACCACAGCACCAUGGCCAAAGACAACCCGGCUGGACGAGGAGCUUCACAGUCUCUUGAAGUUGACAGAAUGGUCACUGCCCCCGGUCAAAACCGAUCUGGAAUUUUCUACCCACCCAAAGAAAUCAGUUUUUUUCUUGCCCCAUCCUCGCUCCAUCUAUGUUGUGGGGGAGAUAUUGGAGGUCCUCAUCAUGGCCAAGGACCACAAAGGUCGAGCUAAGAGGUAUGGUGGAGAUUUUAUUCAUGCCAAGCUUCAUUCUCCAAGACUUAAAGCUGGUGUGAGCGGAUCUGUGAUCGACCAUCGCAAUGGAUCCUACACGGCCAUCUUUAUUCUUCAGUGGCCGGGGCAGACCAUGGUCUCCAUAAAGCUCAUGCACUCCAGUGAAGCCAUCGCCAUUCUGCAUGAGAAAAGGAUCACACGGCCAGACAAGGUUUUCUUUAAAGGCUAUUUUGUGCAAAAUGGGACAGAAGAAUUGGUGGAAUGUAACUUUAACCUCCCCGGACAAGACGUCUGCGAAUAUUAUGAUUUACAAAAUGAAGAAAAAUGGGUGUGUCAGAGGCCGAAAACACUACCAUGUGACGCCUACAGGGACCAUUCCACUGGGGGGAGUCGGAACAUACUAAAUAAGAAAGAGCACCAGUUCUUCUCAAGGUCAUUGAUUGAACAAGAAAUCUCAUCCAGAGUCAAGCCUUUUAAUGUUCUUCCUAAGAAGAAUGUCAAAGUCGUAGGGCCCUGUAUAUCCGGGCUGAAGAAUCCAAACCCCUCAGGAUUUUAUUAUAAAGACACUUGGACGUCCCUCCUCUGCUCCAAUCAAGAGUUCAACAUACCCACUAAAGUAGCCGAAUGCCUCGCUGGGAAAAUGGUCUACAUGUUCGGAGACUCCACCCUGCGCCAGUGGUGGGAAUAUCUAGUGAAGUUUGUCCCAACCCUCAAAGACAUCGACCUUCACGUGACUCACAGAUCUGGCCCAUUGUUAGCGACAGACUCGGAUUACAAUUAUGUCGUAGAAUGGAGAGCUCACCAGAAGCCUCUGCGUAUGGGACGUUUGGGAAUUAAGGAGCUCCACUACAUUGCUACAGAGCUGGAUAGGCUGGGAGCCCGGAAAGGGAUGGUCAUCUUGUUGACCUGCUGGAGCCACUUCCUCACCUAUCCCAUAGUUUUCUAUUACCAGAGACUGCGACACAUUUCAGCUGUAAUGCAACUCCUGGAACGUAGCCCCAAUACAAAGAUUAUCAUCAAAUCGGCCAACACUGGAUAUAAGUUCCCCCAUGGCAGCGACUGGUUGUCCUACCAGUUGGACACAGUGAUGAGAGCCAUGUUUUCUAAGCUGCCAGUGACCAUUCUGGAUGUCUGGGAAAUGACCUCCUGCCACCGAUUAGUAGAAGAUCUUCAUCCACAAGAGAUCAUAAUCAAAAAUGAGGUGGACCUGAUGUUGUCUUUCAUAUGUCCUUAGUAACCAAUUAACCAUACUACUCUCUGUUUACAGCUCCUGUGCAGACACAUGUCUCUAUGGUAACUUACUACAAAUAAACUCUGUGUAGUCUUAC